UUGUGGUAAUUGUUAAUUCCUCCUUAAUGAGACGAAUCCUUUCACUGUUGCAGGAGAUGGGUGAAUUUUUGCAUGAGAUUUGCGGAUCUCGGAGUGAGCUGUGUCUGGGUCUCUUCUGUUUGGCAAGAACAGUGUGUACGCGUGUAAAUGAAGGAAAAGCCUACAGAGAGUUUGCGUUUGGGGGUGACGGGUUUGGAUCUUGCCCCAAGCUGAAGUCUCCAUCGUCAUCAAAUACAACUCCUUUCAUUCUCCUCUUCCAUUCACCUACCCAAAGACCAAAUCUGGAAAUAGUAACCAAAAGAGAAGCCCACGUCGUACACAAAGCAGAGAAAGGUUGAAAGAAUUUCAGGGUUGGCCAGAUGCAGUGGGGCAUGGAAUGAACAGAAAGAGGUUAAAUUGAUGGAUGACCAACAAGAGCAGGAUUGUGCCUCAGAAGACCAAGAAACUAUCCUGAUUAAUGGGGUGAAAGAAAAUGAAUCACAUGACCUGGCCAGCGAUGAGAGGCCUUGCACUGCUGCAGAUGCUGCGGUUACGUUUCCAGCCUUGACAAUAGCUCAGAAGGAAAAUCAAGCGUGCCACCGAGCGCUGCCUCCUCUGACUUCAAAGAAGCCCUGUCUGCUGAGCCCACCUUCUCCUCUGAGGCUCACCGAUGUACCUGAGCACACUUCAGAUGACUCCUCCGCGCACGCCAUUUCUCUUACAUCGUGCGUUACAAAGGGCAUGAGCUCUUGGUCUCUGCCAGGCGACUGUGAGAAGGCUCCAUUCACAAUUAUGGAGCCCGGAGGCAUGUCAGCUCUCACUGGUGACUGCUUGAUGCAGCCGAGCCGGACCUGUCUGGGCUGCUUUAUUGAAUCAAAGGACGGCAUUGAUGCAGAGCCGGGAAUAAGCCUGAAAGUGGGUGAUAUAAAUAGGGAUUAUGACACCUGUUCGGUCUCUGAUAUAGGGAUUCACUGCAUGAGCACAGGAGAAACCAUGAGAUACGGGGAUCAACUGCUUUCAGACCAGCUUUUAAGCUUCCCUAUGCAUAAAUCGAGGGCAGCAGACAAAAGGGAUGCAGAAAAAUCUGACAGUGAUUCAGAGGACCCCACUCAGAAAAAUUAUUACGAGGGAUUACUACUAGACAAAUGCAAUGGUGAGGAACCUUUACUAACAAAUCCCAACCAGGAAUGGGGCUAUUUUGAAUCUUUCAUUAGCGAAAGUAAAAUUGAGCUGCUUGACCUUUGCUCCAAAAAUGAGCUUUCUGUAAAUCUGUUUUCGGAGGAAGAUGUGGAUAAUUACAUGUUUGAUGAUGAUGAUUCAACCUUGGGAAGCGAUGUCUGCUCCUUAAAGAUUAGAUACGAAUCUUUUCAGGACAACGUGCGGGAGAAGACCACCGCCCUACAAGAGGAUGCCCAGUUCAACUUCUUCCCCAGUGUGUUUGGCAACUGCACUAAAAGGGACAGCAGGAGCACCCUGAAAAGGGGGCCGGGUGGUGCCACCGACCCUUCUCAAUUCAAAUCUGAAGAAGGCAUCAUCUGGGGGGAGGAGGAGGAGGAUGGCGAGGAAGAGGAUGGCGAGGAGGAGGAGAAAGCUGCCUUAAAUAAAUCGUGCAACAGUGCGGAGAUGGUGCAGUACGUGGGCUCCAAAAGGAGCCACUUCUUGGACUCCGUGAACUCCACGGAGGACUCCGGGGAGUUCAGUGAUGACAGCACUUGCACCGAGUCCUCCUACGACGUACUGCGGGAUAUCAAGGACUGUAGCCGCUACCUGUCCAGGGAACACUCCAAUUCCUUCAUCCAGCAGAACUACGGCUUGCGGGCAAAGAGGAAAGUGCGAUACAGUGAUGAUUACCUGUACGACGUGGACUCCAUCGAGAACGAGAAGAUCCUGGAUAAGAAGGAGUGGCUCCCGGACGGGCCCAAGGAAGAAGAUGACGACGAGUGGUGCCCAAAGAAAAGGCGAAAAGUCUCUCGCAAGGAGCCCCCCGUUAUCAUCAAGUACAUCAUCAUUAACAGGUUUAAGGGAGAGAAGCAUAUGCUGGUGAAGCUGAGCAAAGUGGAUGCCAGUGAGACAACUGUCACCCUAAACGAGGAGCUGCUCAGCAAAUACGAAAAGCUGGCCCCAUUGAAGGGCUUCUGGCAAGAGCGGCAGCAGAGCCGGAUGGAUUUGCUCCGAUCGUCUCUCUACCACAAGCAGAAUUUCUAUCUUAACGGCUCAGAUGCUUCGUUCCUCCCUCACCCACGGAAGCGAAAAUGCAAGCUAGCAAACAGGCACAGGAUUCAAAGAAUUAAAGCCAUUGAGCAAUCGGUGAACAAGCUGGGCUCUUGCUCCUCGGAUCACAAGCAGCCUUGCAGCAGCAAGGAGGACGCGGGCCUGAAAGGGCUGCAGGCGUUAGCCAUCGCCACCCCCAGCUGUGCAAACGGAUUACAUGUAAAUGACAUCACUGGCAUCGCCUCAGUGAAAUGCAAAUCGCAGGAGCGGGAAUAUAAGGGGACGGAGAGGAAAGUGCUCCGCCGAAUCAAAUUCAAAAGCGAAGCCAGGUUGAAAUGCAAGAAAAUCAAAGCUGCUGCCAACACGGCGGAGGGCUCCCCGGCUCUGGGAAACCAGGACUCUGCAGCUCGUUUGAAGGACGAAAAUGUUCCUUGUGCUUCAGACAGCUCCCAUCUUUCGGAGUGCCAUGAGGAUAAGAUUGCUAAAAAUGCUGCUUUCCUACCAUCCACCUCCUCUUCAGACAAGCCUCUACCAUCUGCUAAUAUCACCACCAAUGUACCCCUGAUCCCUGGAGGGUAUCUGCAGACAUUGUUAGAUGCUUCUGAUUUGUCAAGCAACACUGGUAUCUCAUACUUCACCCAGCAUCCCUCCGAGCAGCAGCAUUCGCUCCCCAGCGUCGUGCAGGCAGAGAAGCCGUUCUCGGCUCUGCAGCCUUCCCAGAGCUGCGUGCUCUCACCGCCUUCGGAGUCGGAGCUGCAGCAGUCACCUGGCCACCUAGAAAUGGAGCAGAACAACUUCAGUAGCAUGUGGCCGGCGAACAACGAGUUUGGUGGCGCAGCGGGAGCAGACAACCUCCCAGCCUCUGGAUACAGUCAAGUAAAUCUGAAUAGCAGCAAAUUGCUCUACCAAAAAAAUUACAUGCCGGAUAACCAACAAGUGCAGUCUGAUGAUUCUUAUCAGUCAUGUCAUUUUAAUAAUGGAGAGGGGCGCUUUCAUUUCCAACGAGGUACACUAAGUACAGAUGAUGGCAGACUCAUUAGUUUUGAUUCAGUGGGUUCAUUGUCAGUUAGUUCUAGCAAUUACAGUUCCUUAAGUUUAAAGUCUUGUGAAAAGGACGGCGAAGAUGAUAUUAACGAUGAUUUCUUGGCCCACUGCAGUCCCAAGCUAGUGAUCCAACAAAGCAUAGACGAAAUAACGCCUCUGAAGGAGUCCACGGACCUUUUAGACAUUUCCAACUUCACACCCGAUAAGUUCCGUCAGUCCUCCCUGUCGGAGAUGUCUCCCCCAGACACUCCCAACCUUUCCCCGCAGAUAACCGGCUCCGACGCCAAACCCCUGGGCACCCUGAAAGGCUUUCAGGAGAGCACCCAGGCUGUUCUCGACAGUUCGGAGAAGGUCAAGUGGAACUGUGGGGUCCUUCAGACCGAGGAGCAGGCAGAUAAUGGGUUUACUUUAAAUAAUCAUCAGUUUCAGUUCCAUAUGUUCAACGAUGAAGAUUCUGUCAGCCUUCUUGAAAAAAGUCCGUGCUUGUCAACAUUUAAUGAGCCAUCUGGUCAAAUUAGCACCAAUAGCAAAGUGUCAAAAUCUAAGAGGAAAAGUUCAUCCAGCAAGAAUGUGGGUACAAACCAAAGCUCUUCCCAGAAAACCACUAGGAAAAAAUCUCCCAAAACCAACAAAGGAACCGAGAAGCCGCAAGGCAAAAAUUCCAGGCAGACACCCAAAUCAACCCGGAAAGGGAAAAACGCAGCAGGAGUCAAUGGCGAAAAGGCUCAAGCGGUUGGCAGCAGGGCAAUCAAUCAGUUAAGUAACGCGGCCACCCCAACCAAGGGACUCGCCGAGGGCGUUCAGCAUUGCAGCGCAACCGCUGUAAAAAUAGGGAAGCAUAACGGACUCUCUGGCGAGUGGUCACUGGGAAAGGACCCCAGUACAGGCUGGUCGGAAACUAGCAUAGGAAACACUAACAGCCUCCUUGAUGAUGAUCAGAGGGAGUUUGAGGAGCCUUCCAAUAUACUAUCCAACAUUGCAUCGGGAAUGGCAGACGUUCAGAGAUUUAUGAUGGCCUCGAUCGAACCCCUGUGGGGGCCCGUUGGCCAUAACAGCGUGCCAGAUAUAUUCCGGUCACCUGAAUCGAACAGCCUGAAACUGAAAACUCUUAAAAUUUUGGCAGGGACGUCGCAAGAGUCUAAGAAAAAGGCAAACAGCAGUUCUCCGGGAACGGCAAAGAACCACAAGUCAAACAAGGGCUCAAGCAAAAAUGGCAAAGCCACAACCUGUGAUCCCAGUCGCCCCAACUGUUCGACUGGGUACAGUACAGACAUUCACUCUCCCUUUUUUGAUAAAAACUAUAGUAACCUGAGCACUUUAGGCAAUAACGGACCUACCCAUAAAAAACUGUACCGUCAUAAAUCAAGUUCUAAAUCACUGAGGGAUGAGAACUGUAAAAUAAAGCGAACAGACCGUGAACAGACCCAUAAGGACCCAUCUGUGACAGCUUCUUUUGAAAAACUGAGGGAAUCAGACUACAUUCUUCUUAAAGCAGAAACAACAUUUUUGGUUUUACCUGUAUUUGAAGAAGAGACUCCCUUUUCUAGAAAGACGUUUGAUGUUUGUUUCUCUUCUUUUGGUUUGUUUCCCUUUUUUGGUUGGUUUGUUUGUUUGUUUGUUUGUUCCUUUCAAAAUAUGCCUUGUGGUACGUUGACAUGUAAGUGCUGAAAUGAAGAGUUUGAAAUUGUGGGAAUUUAUUAUUUGAAAGCGAACCUAAUUCUGGUAUUCUCUGUGAAAGACUGUUUUAAAAGUCAUA